UGAAGUGUAGUUAAUAAAUUAGUUGAACUUAUAGCACUAAGAUUAUUAGCCUAAAAUAGUCAUCAUUGAAGAUAGUGAAGUAGGCCACCAUCUUCUUCUUCUCUGCAGUGACCUUGGAUCUCUGUAGAACCUUUACGCUGUGACUUUUCCACAUUUAUCCUAUGUUUUGACAUCUAUCUUACUCUAUCAUUGUUAUUGCUACCCUCACCAAAUCCCAAAAGAGUACAAGACAAGUCAAGUUUAGUGAAGAUUUUGGUGGAAAAGUUUACAUUUUGGUUAAGAAAGUGUUGCUGGGUUGUUUGUGGAAUGGGGCUUGAAGGUUUGAUUCCAAGGCAUAAUCGUUCAAAGAGCUUUCCUGAUAUGAAAACAGUCAAGGAGGAUAUUUCAGAUAGCCUUGAGACUUCAGAUCAAACAAAGCUGGAUGCAGGUUACCUCACAGAAUGCAGUGAAGCUAAUAAAAAACAAAGCCCCGUGAAUAAUGUUCGAAAUACUCUAAAGCAAGAGAUUUUACAAUUAGAGAAAAGACUAGAAGACCAAUUUAAGGUUAGAUGCACAUUAGAAAAGGCACUUGGAUACAGACCGAUAUCUCUUGUUAAUCCAGAUGACAUGACAAUACCAAAGCCAACCACAGAUUUAGUUAAAGAAAUCGCAGUUUUAGAGUUAGAAGUUGUAUAUUUGGAACAAUAUCUUCUCUCCUUAUACCGUAAAGCAUUUGAGCAACAACUAUCUCCCGCCGUGGCUUCAUCUACCGUGGAGGAAAGUGAAAAGUCUCCUCCUCUAACAACACCUAGAGAUAGAUUCCUUGAAGUUUCUCCGUGUCUAACAAUAAAAGGAUAUUCUGAUGAACAAUGUAUUGAUCACAAGCUUGAUACUAAUAAAAAAGAAUGUAAUGAAUAUGGACUCGAGACUCCUGAUAAAGAAUGCAUUGUACGUCAUCCAGAAGAAAAACAUUUAGACUCCGGUGUUCAUCGUUGUCACUCCUCGUUAUCUCAAUAUUCGGCAAGAGUAUCUCCUCCAGAAGAAGCAUUGACCGAUUCUUUACGCGCCUGUUAUUCUCAACCCUUGUCCAUGGUGGAGUUUGCCGAAAACGUUGAUGCUUCAACAAAAAUAAUCAGUCUAGCAGAACAUCUCGGUACUCGAAUAUUUGAUCAUAUUCCAGAAACAGCUAAUAGGCUUUCCGAGGAUAUGGUUAAAUGUAUAUCAGCUAUAUAUUACAAACUUUCAGACUCACCUGCAACAAAUCCCGGCCUUUCAUCUCCCAGUACUUCAACAAGUGCCUUUUCUAUUGGAGAUCAAGGAGACAUGUGGAGUCCAGGAUUCAAAAAUAACUCAUCUUUUGAUGUAGAGUUAGAGAAUCCUUUUCAUGUUGAAGGACUCAAGGAGUUUAGCGGGCCUUAUAGCACCAUGGUUGAGGUAUCGUGGAUUUAUAAAGUGAAUCAGAAAUUGGGUGAUACAGAACAGUUGCUCCAGAAUUUCAGGUCACUUAUUGGUCAAUUAGAAGAAGUAGAUCCGGGGAAGUUGAAACCCGAGGAGAAGUUAGCUUUCUGGAUCAACGUACACAAUGCUUUAGUGAUGCAUGCUUUUUUGGCUUAUGGAAUUCCCCAAAACAAUGUGAAAAGGGUCUUUCUUCUGUUGAAGGCUGCAUAUAAUGUUGGAGGUCAUACCGUCAGUGCAGACACAAUACAGAAUACUAUACUCGGGUGCCGGAUGUCUCGUCCUGGACAGUGGUUCCGCGUGUUCUUUUCUUCGAGAACAAAAUUCAAAGCGGGAGAUGGACGACAAGCGUAUGCAAUCGAGCAGCCUGAGCCUCUUCUUCACUUUGCACUUUGUUCAGGAACCCACUCUGAUCCAGCGGUACGUGUAUAUACACCGAAAAGAGUACAUCGAGAACUAGAAGUUGCGAAGGAAGAGUACAUUAGAGCCACAUUUGGGGUAAGCAAAGACCAGAAAAUACUUCUACCGAAGAUUGUAGAUUCAUUCUCCAAGGAAUCAGGUUUGUCCCAUGCCAGUCUUACAGAGAUGAUCCAACAGUCUCUACCUGAGUCUCUGAGAAAAAGUAUCAAGAAAUGUCAUCUUGCGAAGUCGGGAAAGAGCAUAGAAUGGAUUCCGCACAACUUUACGUUUCGAUAUCUCAUACCUAAGGAGCUGGUAAAAUAAUUACUUUGUAACAUUAUGGGAGACCAUCUGCAAAUGUUUGAUCAAUAAGUAUGUAUUCUUUUGAGAUUUGGAUUUGGUGUAGUAACCGUGUCACGCAGUUUUCGAUCUCUACUGUUUGAUCUCAAACUAACAGUUGAAAUCAUUUUGAUUGUAUACUGAUUUUUUUACUGUGAAAUUUGAACCGGUUGAUCACAAAUUAACGGCCGAGAUCUAAAACUGCGUGUUUUUUCUACUGCAACAGAUCCUGAUCCUUUGUACAAAAUUGACAGGGUAGCAUCAACAGAUAAAUGUAAUAUUGCAACAUGUAGUGGUAGCAUUUUGCAUCUGUAAUAUGUCUUGUCAUGCUAUUUAUUGUAGUAUCUGCAACUGUUGUAGUUUAUCACAAGAAUUGAAAUUCUGCUCUAUGCAAUGUAAAUGAUUUAUUGUUACAACCAAUUGUCAGUUGGAUUUCUUUGUAGCUCAA